AGCUGCUAAGAAGGUAAAAAAAUCGAUAUUAACUUGUCCGGCUUGAUGAAGGAGCCAAACAGCUGAAAAUGCGAUAAAACACGUACAUUUCUCAUUACGGAGUGUUACAAUUGAACGUUUCCUUACUCUGAUAAUGUAAGAUGCUACUUUAGCUUGCUGAAAAUUGAAUUCUGCAUUCAUCAGAUCAAAAGCUACAUGCUGGAUAUCUUAUAUUUUCAUUAGAUUAUUUGAAAAACCGACGAAUAUCAUCAUUUAUAUACAUAGUAGGCUUGGAACUUUUCACAAUGUAUAACGGCAUAGGACUUCAAACUCCACGAGGCAGUGGUACCAAUGGCCAUGUCCAGAGGAAUUGGGCCUUGGUUAGGCCUAAGGACCAAAGCAAGGCUUACAAGUCAGAAGCGGAACUGUCAGCUAUGGAUGCUGCUGCAGCAACUGCAAGGCAACCUAACAAAGAGAUCUUAGACCACGAGAGGAAGAGGAAGAUUGAGCUGAAGUGUGCUGAGUUUCAGGAGAUACUUGAGGAGCAGGGAUUCACUGAAGAGGCAAUUGCUAACAAAGUCAACAACUACAGAAAUAUGUUGAUGGGUGAAGGAGCCAAAUUGGAUAAACCUGUUGAUCAGUGGGGGAGGCCAUGGUAAGAUUCCUUAUUGGUUGUUGUGAGACAAAGAAUAUGGGUUCUUUUUUUGCAUGAUUUGUUUGUUGAGUUUGAGAGAAAAUCAGUAUUGUAUUGUUAGUUACUAAGUUACAUAUUUUGUUCGUGAUGUAUUUUUGUAAAACUACUAAUUGUUUGAAAAUUGAAAUAUUAUGCAUGCU